AAUAAUUCAUACAGAUAUUCCACUGUCUCAAUUCCAUCGUCGUUUAAAUACUAAACAACUUCAAAGUGAGGAUCCGCCUACCACUACACCUAGCUUAACAGGUGUAUACAACGACAUUUGCAGUUCAACCACAAGUCUAAUUAAUCUCCACAGAUUGGGGGAUCUCGGCACAAUCAAUUCUGCGCCAAUACUAUUAGACCUACUUUUAACGAAUAGAUUAGUGUGCUAUUGAGGACACGUUUAAUUCGGCCUACGUUACUAUAGAUUACAGUGGUGAUUCAAAUCGCCACCAAGGUAUUGCCAGAAUUGAAUGUUCGCAAAUUGUCUGCUAUUCAAGAACAGCACAGUUUGCGUCUGUGAUAUCUGCAAUCGCAUUCAUUGUUGCAUCUCUUUAUAUAUCGCAACGUGAAUCACACACAUAGACGUGUUGAGCGUACCGAAAAUAUAUCCACAGCGUCAGCAAAUAUUGAAAGACGCUACCAGUACACACGACACGCGAUGUCAACAAUCACCAUGACGCAUCUACAAACCGGGGAUAUGGAAUUCGACCAAGAUUCGGAGAUGGAGAGCCAAGUCAUUGUACAGAACAUGUAUGAGAUUGAGGAGGAGUUCUCACAACUUAAGAACCUAAAAUACAAACAAAAAUUAGAACAAAUAGAGAACGACAUCGGACUGUUAGAGGCAGGAACGCUGGAUGUGUAUGUGCAAAAGGUAGCUCAGCUGCAGAAAGACAAGGAAGCAACCGAUAAAGUAGCGGAGAUAAGCAGAGACUACAGGUUACAGUCCAUUGCACACAUGGUCGCCUUUGAAAAGCGGACGUGCGAGAAUGAAUACAAGCUCACGAGGAAAAAACUGUACAAGGCACGUGUUAAUAAAUUAGAAAGCCGCAAAAGGAAACUGGAGGAGGAACACACGCAGAACGCUGCGAUUGAGGCGGAAAUAAUUGCACACAACCGCAGAGUGGGGAAACAAAAACUGGAGAAGAAGAACAAGGGGCCUAGUAAGUGGAUUUAG